GGAAUUGUGUGAUGAAAUGGGUCCAAUUGUCUCAUUCAACUUGAAGAGACCUGAUGGUUCUUGGUAUGGAUACCGAGAAGUGGAAAAGCUGGCAUCUCUAUCAGGAAUUCAGCUACGGACAGGAUGCUUCUGCAAUCCAGGUGCCUGUGCAAAAUACCUUGGGUUGUCUCACGUGGAUCUGCUUUCUAAUACUGAGGCAGGCCAUGUUUGCUGGGACAAUCAUGAUAUAAUUAAUGGAAAGCCUACUGGAGCUGUAAGAGUAUCCUUUGGUUACAUGUCAACAUAUGAAGAUGCCAAGAAAUUUAUUGAUUUUGUAGCAGGUUCCUUUAUUUCACCUGAAAGUCACUUUGGCCACACAAAACAAUUGAAAGGCUUUGACCAUUGUUCCUUGUCUUCUGGUUUUUCUCUUCAAUCUAUUACUAUAUAUCCAAUAAAAUCCUGUGGUGGUUUCAGCUCGGGAAGUUGGCCUCUUAGCAACAAUGGCCUGAAAUAUGAUCGGGAGUGGAUUCUUAAAAGCCUUAGUGGUGAAAUUCUUACACAGAAGAAGGUUCCUCAAAUGUGCUUUAUAAGCACCUAUGUUGACCUCAGUCGAGGAAUCUUGUUUGUGGAGUCCCCACACUGCAAAGAAAGACUACAGAUCAAGCUUGAUUCUGAUGUGGACAUCGGUGGCAGAGAAGAUGUUGGUUUGUAUGGUCAGAGGUACAUAGUCCAUAGUUACGAUGAAGACGUCAAUGCUUGGUUUAGCAAAGCCAUUGGUAAACCAUGUGCUCUGUUACGCAAUUCUAGUUCUGACCAUGAUCUAAUAUUGAACGAGUCCAAAGACGCAGUUACAUGUAGAGAUGCAAAGAGCAAGCUCAACUUCGCCAAUGAAGCACAGUUCUUGCUUGUGUCAGAGGAAAGUGUACUUGACCUCAACAACAGAUUAAGUCCCUAUGUACAGAAGAGCCCAUGCGGAGAAGACAUGCAAGUCACUCCAAGCAGAUUUCGACCAAACCUGGUGGUAUCUGGAGGCAGGCCAUAUGAUGAAGAUGGAUGGAGAAGCCUUAGAAUUGGGAACCAUUAUUUCAGAUCAUUAGGGGGAUGCAACCGUUGCCAGAUGAUCAAUUUUUCACAGAAAGAUGGACAAGUUCAUAAGUCAAACGAACCCUUAGCAACCUUAGCAUCAUACAGGAGGGCAAAGGGGAAGAUCUUGUUUGGAAUUUUGCUUAGAUAUGAACCUAGUGAUGAAGGGGAACAACAAUGUGAUUCACGGCUUCAUGUGGGACAGCAUGUUCAUCCAGAUCCUGUUUAGUUGGUCGGCGGUUUUGAUCAAAAGAAGGAAAUAUUUGAGUAUGAAGCCUAUACACACAAUAAUCCAAUAACAACACCAUGAGAGAAAAGUGACUGGAAGAUCCCAGUGGCUGGGGUAUUUUGUGUUGUAUAUCAUUGACAACAAGGAUAUGAGUAUAUAAACACGGAUCCUUUCCAAUGUAGGAGAAUAUUUCAAUUAUUACUAUAUAUAGAAAUCAGAAGAAGCUGUUCAUGAUGUCGGUUUGGCUUCAAAUAAUACUUGUAAUUUUCAUUUUAAAAAUAUUUUUUGUUUACGUGUUUUAAA